CUGUAGUCCCUGCCUGCAGUUCAGAGACCACGCCGAGGGGACAGCCGCCGCCGCCGCCACCAAGGAGGAAGAGCAAGGGAAGGAUGUGGGUUUUUGGUUACGGGUCCCUCAUCUGGAAGGUGGACUUCCCCUAUCAGGACAAGGUGGUUGGAUAUAUCUCAGGCUACAGCAGGCGCUUCUGGCAGGGCAGCAUCGACCACCGCGGGGUUCCCGGCAAGCCCGGAAGAGUUGUGACUCUUGUUGAAGAUCCUGCGGGUUGUGUAUGGGGUGUUGCUUACAGACUGCCAGUAGGAAAGGAAGAAGAAGUAAAAGCAUACCUUGACUUCAGAGAGAAAGGAGGCUACAGGACCACAACAGUCAAUUUUUAUCCAAAAGAUUCCACAACAGAACCAUUCACUGUGUUGCUAUAUAUUGGAACAUGUGAUAAUCCUAAUUAUCUUGGUCCUGCACCUCUGGAAGACAUUGCUGAACAAAUUUUUAAUGCAGCUGGUCCAAGUGGAAAAAAUACAGAAUAUCUUUUUGAACUUGCAAAUUCCAUUAGAAGCCUUGUGCCAGAAGAUGCAGAUGAGCAUCUUUUCUCUUUGGAAAAAUUAGUAAAGGAAUGUUUAGAAGGAAAACAGAACUUCAAUUGCUUAAAAAGACCUAACUGACUUUUCCCAACAAGCAGAGCUUUUAGUCCUCAGAGAACAGCACAAUGGCAUUAUGAUUUGUAAACGUGUUUACUUGAAAAUCUUAGUUGUGUUUAAUGUUGUAGUCAAGAUAUCAUCUAAAUUUAUAGUUUAAUUGCAAGUGGCCUGAAACACAUACAUAUUCAAGAUAUUGGGGUAUAGUUAAAGAAAAAAUUUGUUUCAAUAAUAUAAUGAUUUUCCAGCUAUGUGAUAUUAAAUACUUGCUCAUGAGAAGUGAGUUCUUUAGAAAAAUAUGAUGAAGGACUCAGUUCAGAACUUGUUUUUACCUGAGUAAAUAUAAUUCUGUUAUUUCAUACCACAGUACUAUUUUGAAGUUGUAGAGAAUUAAACCAAAAGACCAGUAAAUAUAAUAAGGUUAUACCUUCAAUAUAUUCCCAUACAUCAACUCUGUAAUCAUGGUUUAAAAUAAAUAAGCUUAAAAUAACAUGUAAUUAGAAACGUAUGGUAAUAUAGAUAAGAUUUGGGCCUUGAAUGUGAAUCUCCUUAUGUAGGUAUUAAAUGAAAUCCUCUCCAAUUUAAGCCAAAAUAUGCAUUUUAAUAUAAAAAUUU